GCCACCAUGUUUGAACAGUUUGCUUGGCGCCAUAUCGUGCCUUUAUUCGUCGCAUCGGCUACGACAUUCGGCGGCCUCUGGCCUUUUUGGGCACCGCGAGAUGCCAUGCUCGAAUUCGGCCUGCCAGCGCGCAUCGCCGACUCGCCCACUGCGCAGCCCGUCAUGGUGGUUUCCUCGGCCCGUACCACCGCCCUGGGACUGCUGAUGUUCAUCUUCUACCAGCAAGGAAAGCUCGCUGACGUGGAUACCAUCAUGACGGUAAUGGGCGCCUAUCUGGGCGUGGUUGACGGCUACGUGUGCUGGAAGGAGGGAAUGCCCGACAAAGCUGUGUUUCGCUGUGUCUCGGGCAUGGUGAUUGCCGGCUGCGGGAUGGUUGGAUUGACGGAAGGAUUCUGAAGGGAGGGGAGGAAUAAGGGACCAACGAAGGAUCCGAACCCCAUGUCCGGAAUAGAAUUGCAAUUCGAGAAACGGUUGGAUGGCCAAGUUAGCUUAGACG